UUUCACCAAUCGGCAGUAGGCCUAUAAUGAAUGUCUGCACUCAACUCAAAAGCUCAUCUCUUUUCAGUGCUGCGAGAGAUCCCAAGCAGUCUGGAUUCUGAAUAGGUUGACAAUUCUCUGGUUCUGUUUAGACGUUUGACGGGAAGCGUGAAGACAUAAUAAUAAUAUAACAACACGUUGACGUCUACACAUCGUGGCCAGACGUUAGCAUCUACGCUGUACACUAUUGCGGAAGAUACGGUAAAUUUAAUAUCGGAAUAGCCUUGCCUAGGCCUACAAGCUUCCUGUAACAAAGACGAACUAUGGCGAAUUCAAGGAUACGUCUACAUUAUUUGGAUGUGAGGGCUAAGGCUGAGAUCUCCCGCCUUAUCCUGGCGUAUGCAGGAAAAGAAUAUGAAGACAUCAGGUUCUCUCAAGAAGAAUGGCCGAAUUACAAGUUCAAGACUCCUCUGCAACAAUGUCCAAUGUUAGAGGUNGACGGCAGGUGGUUCCCCCAAGCCGCUGCUCACUUCACUUUCCUGGCCCGGGAGUUUGGUCUAUACGGGCAAACCAACAUGGACCAUCUUAUCAUCGACGUUGUCAUCAGUACGUUAGAGGAUGUGUACAAAGUCUCCGUCAAGAGCUGGUACAUGGAGCAUGGACAGGAGAGAGAUGAAAAGAUUCAGACGGCGCGUCGUGAAGAGACACCCAAGUAUUUGGCCUACUUGGAGCAGCUUCUAUCGGAAAAUGGCACAGGCUACUUUGUAGGAAAUAGUCUUACUUUAGCUGACAUAGCGGCCUUUGACGCUCGCACAGGAUUCCUGAAGAACUACCUGGUCUUUGAUGACAGAUACCCGCUGCUGGAGAAAAACUCGCAACUUGUUUUGGGCAAUGAGAAAAUCCGAGAAUACGUCAACAAAAGAAACCCAUCGGACGUCUGAAAUAAUUAAAGUCUGAAAGCACAUGCACAAAGAAAUAUGCAUGCACACACGCACGCACGCACCCAAGCACGCACGCUCACAGCACGAACUUGUUAGCAUUAUUGUAGUGGAUGUUAGCCUCAUCAGUAGACGUGUAAUACACUUCUGGUUUUAACAUUGUCUUGCAAGUUCGUAAGGCCCAUAGCCAGCUUGUUUUGUAAUUUUUAAAAAUAUUGUGAGAUGUGGAUAGUUCUAACUGGCUACCUUGUCUCUUCCCUCCCCUUUAAAA